ACAGGCAGAGACGGGCUGCGGAGCGGGAUCCACUGCAGCCGGCGGCGAGGCGGGAGGUCGGAGCCCCAGCGAGGGGCUCGGCGGGAGGCGACCGUCCUGGCAGACGACCAGGCAGGGAGAACGAGGCUCUUGGGGGCGAUUCGGGGGAUUCCGCCCCGGCCACCGGCACCGUCGAGGACUCGGGUGUCCCUCUCCGGGCCAGACCGCUUGGCUUGGGCAUUUCACGGGUUUCCGAUUGCCAUCCAGUCUCGCAGCCAGCAGGACUGAAAAAUAGCUUCUGCCCCAUGUUCUCUCUCCUCUAAGGAGGAGGCUGAGCCGGUCGGCCCGAGGGGACUCUAGAGGGACGCCCUGUCCCGCUGAGGGCGGAAAGAGCAGGGGCUGAAGGGGGCGGCGGGAGCAGAGAGCGCCCUCCUUGACCAUCCAAUGCCUCCUUCUGUGUUUGCAUGUUUGCUGAGUGGGCUUGGCCGCGCCGACCCCCGGGAGGAGGGACAGACGACGCUCGGUGGGCUCUGACCGUGGCGCCUUAAUGUGGCCGCUGCGGGGGACCCAGGAGGGAGCCGGCAUGGGGCGCAGCCUCGCUUCCCUCCCUCCCCGCCUCCAAGGCGUCGGGGUUGGCGAUGUGGAGACGUGAGGGGACCCGCCGGCUGCCCCGCCCUCGCCAGAACUCCAGCAGGCACCCACGCGUCCCUCCGAGUCCCGGGGAGGAGAGGCUCCGCGCGGGGCUCCGAGGCAGGCGGGCAGCGAGCCGAGCCGGAGCCCCGGCCUCGCCAUGGGGCAUAACGGGAGCUGGGUCUUCGGAAACGCCAGCCAGCCGCGCAACGCGUCGGGUGCGGAGGCGGCGAGCGCGAACAGCAGCGCGCUCGGGGAGUUUGGCGAGGCGCAGCUCUACCGGCAGUUCACCACCACCGUGCAGAUCGUCAUCUUCUUCGGCUCGCUGCUCGGAAACUUCAUGGUGUUAUGGUCAACUUGCCGCACAACCGUGUUCAAAUCUGUCACCAACAGGUUCAUUAAAAACCUGACCUGCUCGGGGAUUUGUGCCAACCUGGUCUGCGUGCCCUUUGACAUCAUCCUCAGCACCAGCCCUCACUGCUGCUGGUGGAUCUACACCAUGCUCUUCUGCAAGGUCGUCAAAUUUUUGCACAAAGUCUUCUGUUCUGUGACUAUCCUCAGCUUCCCUGCCAUUGCUUUGGACAGGUACUACUCAGUCCUCUAUCCACUGGAGAGAAAAAUAUCUGAUGCCAAGUCCCGUGAACUGGUGAUGUACAUCUGGGCCCAUGCAGUAGUGGCCAGCAUCCCUGUGUUUGCAGUGACCAAUGUGACCGACAUCUAUGCCAUGUCCACCUGCACUGAAGUCUGGAGCUACUCCUUGGGACACCUGGUAUAUGUGCUGAUCUAUAACAUCACCACGGUCAUUGUGCCUGUGGCUGUGGUGUUCCUCUUCUUGAUACUGAUCCGGCGGGCCCUGAGUGCCAGCCAGAAGAAGAAAGUCAUCAUAGCAGCGCUCCGGACCCCACAGAACACCAUCUCUAUCCCCUACGCCUCCCAGCGGGAGGCCGAGCUGCAUGCCACCCUGCUCUCUAUGGUGAUGGUCUUCAUCUUAUGUAGCGUGCCUUACGCCACCCUGGUCGUCUACCAGACCGUGCUCAACAUCCCCAACACUUCCAUCUUCUUGCUACUCACUGCCAUUUGGCUGCCCAAAGUCUCUCUGUUGGCGAAUCCCGUGCUCUUUCUCACUGUGAACAAAUCUCUCCGCAAGUGCUUGAUGGGAACGCUGGUGCAGCUGCACCACCGGUACAGUCGCCGUAACGUGGUUACUGCAGGGAGCGGGGUGGCUGACAUCAGCCUGGAGCCCAGCGUGCGCUCAGGCAGCCAGCUCCUGGAGAUGUUCCACAUCGGCCAGCAGCAGAUUUUUAAGCCCACCGAGGAUGAAGAGGAGAGCGAAGCCAAGUACACCGGCUCAGCUGACCUCCAGGCCAAGGAGAUACUUUCCACCUGUCUGGAGGUGGAGCGAGGGCCACAGCUUGCGCCCUUUUCACCACCCCCAGAAGACACAAUCGACUCUGCAUCCGAGGUCGCACCGGCAGCCCCUGUGGAAACUGAGACAGUCCCUGACAAGUAUUCCCUGCAGUUUGGCUUCGGGCCUUUCGAGUUGCCUCCGCAGUGGCUCUCAGAGACCCGAAACAGCAAGAAGCGGCUGCUUCCGCCCUUGGGUAACACCCCAGAAGAGCUGAUCCAGACAAAGAUGCCCAAGGUAGGCAGGGUGGAGCGGAAGAUGAGCAGAAACAAUAAAGUGAGUGUUUUCCCAAAGGUGGACUCCUAGCAAGGAUUGUAAGUUCCUGGGAGCAACAGGGAGCUUCCAUGUCCUCCUACUCUCCCUUCACUCUGGCUGUACAAUUUGUGUGAUCUCAUUGCAGGCCAGUAUGGGUUGACUCCCUUGUAUGGGCCACGUGCUUUAGAAUGAAAGAAAAAUAUAUGUAAAAUCAAAUGUCCUCUUUUUUGAGGGAAUAUAUAUAUAUAUAUUUACGUCAGUGAUACAUGUCCUUAGUAAAGUCCGUGUUCCUCUACUGGAGAUGAAGCUGAGCAGUUUGGAAUAGGUCUUGGGGUGGGUACCCCAUGUGCAUUUUCUGGGGACUCCUCAGUUCCCUGGGCACAGCAGAGAACACAUGGAAAGAAAUUCUCCACAAGCUCAGGGGGAACAGGGGCACUGCAAGGGAAGCCCAAGAUAAUUAUGGAGCGGGGUGGCCACAAAGAAAAUAUGAGAAAGCAUUAACACCUUUGGUAACGAUCUGACACCUUUUCUCUGGAAGGUCCAGUCAUAGGACAGGCAGCUCCUCACAAUACCCGUCAUCCCUUUCACUGGGAUGUAAGCAAGCGAUGACUACUCCAUCCCUAUCUGAAAGACAUUGAAAUAGGUGUGCCCAGCAAUGUAAGGGAGAUACUUUGUCCUUGAUUAUCCUGACAUUCUCCUAACCUCAACAGUGAUCAGAAAGAUACUCCUGCCCCCCUUCUAGUCAUGGUAUUGGUUGGAAACCACUGCAAGCUCUUCACGAUAUCCUUCCCCCUUAAAUUUUGUUUUCUCAACAAAUAAGAGAGAAGCUUAGAGGUGAAGAAAGACUGAGAAACGCCACAGCCCGAGUCUUUCCUCUUCCCCUGUGAAAGGUGCUACAAAAAUCAGCAUGAGAAUACUGCAAAAUACUUUCUUAUACAGCUUUUGAAAUUAAAAGGCUGAGUCCUCUGGAAACAUCUAGCUAAAAACACAGAAUUAGGAAAGGUAGCUCUGCCCAUCAGGCUGAGAAUCUGACAAAGAUGGCUCUGUUCGGAUGAGGACUCCGCAGCCCAGGCACGGUCUCAUUUUCAGUCUGUUUAUACAGCUGUGGUUCUCUCUUCAUUUUGGACAAGAAGGAGGAACAGAACAGGGAGAAAUAACCCUGUAAGUUCAUUGUAAAAUGCCAAGGCAACACCUAGCUUAAGGUGGGCUCUUCGCUUCUGCCUUCCCAGUGACAUUUGAGUAGGGGCCAGAGUGACUAGAAGAAGGAGGACGUUGUCCUCAACUCAUUAGUCCCUGGUGGUGCUCACAAGUGAUUGGAGUCCAUAUUGGGUGGAUUUCACCAAAUUGAAUUCAAACCACAGAUGGCACUUCACUCGAAAUGAGGGCAAGUCAAGUGCCAGCGUUACUCCUUUCUUUAGGUAUUUGGUUCUUGUCAAGAAUUUUUAGGGGCGUCGAAGACCUUUGGUUAUUCUCAUCGGCAAACUGUCAUGUCCCAAAGGCAGUGGAAGGAAGCUCAGUCUACGUGUAGGGAGUUUCCUUUUCCUUUCUUCUCUUGGGUGUGGUGUCUCAUGAUUCUGAACAAGUGAACCCAAAGGCCCUACCCCGGAAGAGGGAGCACCCUUUCCUCUGUGUUAUGUCUCCUCACAGUGUUGUUUGUUCACAGCAGAGACAGGGGACUGCCACGUCCUCACCUGCUGUGUCCUGCCACCUGGACCUUUGUGCAUGCCAUCUGUAACACCUCGCCCUGGUGGUUAAUGUUGUGACCCUUAAGCUUACCUUUCAAAACCUUCACAAUUGUUACCUUUAUCAGGGGGAAAAUGAAUCUGUCAUAAAAUCAUGUCUACUUUAGAAGAAUCUGUCCAAUGUAGCCACUUUCCGAUAGUACAUAUGUACAACUUAAUUCUGGUGAGGCAUGUUUGGUGGGCAUACUUCUUAUGUAUGUUUGAAGUGGUUGAUUGACUUCUAACAGGUAUUGCCAGAUGUAUUUCUAUACUCUUUGAAGAAUAACAUUUUAAUAAAAAACUGAAAAGCAGUUUCUGAACUCAAAAAAAGUUGCACAAGCUAUUUUUUUUCCUU